ACAAAGAUGUGGGUGUUAAUGCGUUAUAGGGGUUCCUAUAUGAUGGCUGUCAUUUGUGUGAUCAUAUUCUGCAUGCUCCUGGUGUACCAAACCCCUGUGGAUGAGGUCUCAGAAGGCAUGUGUGCGUGUAAAGACUGUGUCAGACAGCAAACCCACAGUUUUUGGUUCAAUGAACUCUAUGAUCUCUCUAUUCAACCACUGCUCACCCGGAAAAAUUAUGUCCUCAGUGAAGAUAUCUUCAAGUAUUGGAAGGGUCUUCAGAAAAAUAAGAAAGAAGGCAACUACACUGCAGUGGUGGAGAAGUUGUUUUCUCUAUUUCCAGAUCAAACACAAUACUCAGAUGCUAGUCCAAAGCGCUGCAGGUCUUGUGCUGUGAUCGGAAACUCAGGGAACCUUAAAGGAUCCCAUUAUGGACAUCGCAUAGAUCUUCAUGACUUUGUCAUUAGGAUAAAUAUGGGCCCAACAAAAGGUUAUGAGAACGAUGUGGGUUCUAAGACCACUCACCGGUUUCUCUAUCCUGAGAGCGCUAUGGAUGUGGACAACUCCACCUACCUGGUGCUUUCCCCAUUCAAGAUUCUGGAUAUGGAGUGGCUCAUCAGUGCCUUUACCACUAAGAACAUCACACGGUGAGAAUGGAUGAUUGAGCAAGGUUUCUAAAUCUCAAAUGAC